UGACGUGACUCCAGGCUGCAACGUGGGACAGGGUGAUUUUCCAGACCAGAGCUGUGAACAAUAACUAGAUUAUCUCUGGGGAUUAGCCUCGCGACUCUGAUUCACAUGAUCUUUGUCGUCGCUCACUGGGGCCCGGGCGGGAACCAGGAGGUCAUUGUAAUCACAAGGCUGGAGACUGGUUGGGCGAGAUGCCGGUGGACAUUCAGGGGAUGAUGCACUUGGUGCAGCACAUCUCUGAGGUGGAGAAGAUGCACGUAGCCAUUAAGAACUCUGCCAGAGGAGCGCUGUUAGCCGGAGUCGUCGCCUUUGCCGGUGGCCUGGUGGGAGGCCCGCCCGGGAUCGCAGUCGGGGGUGCGUUCGGUGGUCUGUUGGGGGCGUGGAUGACCAGCGGACAAUUUAAACCAGUGCCGCAGAUCCUGAUGGAGCUGCCACCAAACCAACAGCUGAUGCUUUCUAAUGACGUGAACAACAUUAUCCAGAACCUGGACUGGACCGAUGUUGUCCAGCUGACAUCGUUAGUGAUGGGAAACGCUGUCCUGAAGCAGCAGGUCGUGGCAGCAAUCUGUAGUUUCUUCAUGAAUCAACUCAAUGCAGAGGUACAAUAUCAGGACUGAGACCAACUUGUACUUCAAAUAUGGAUUGCAUUGCGUGGAUAGGUCCAUGGUGUGUUGCCGACUGAAUCAAGGAUCUGUAGAGAAUGCUAGCUCGAUUAUUCUGCUGCAAUUUUGAGCACUUCUGCUGUUUUCAAUAUUGGGGUCAUUUGGUGGCGUGUGUGGCUCCAAGUCCAAUAUUCAGCACCGUUGAUUUAAAUGGAACUGAACAAUAAGUUAAGUAUUGAACUGGUGGCCAAUGCAAUAUUGUCCAUCAUAGCCACAUCCAGGAUCAAUAACCACCCCAAUAUAUCAGCUUCUGGAUUCAUUGUAUUUAUUUUAAUUGGUCAGUUGCCUUCUCUUGCCUUUUGAUUUGUUGAUCGUUAAUGAAUUGGAAAUGGACUGGGUUCACAAGAAGGGAACGAUCUGCUGAAGCGUUCAGGAAACUCAAGGAGAACUGGUUCUAUUUUUAAAAGGCUUGUUAAUAAUCUUUUAAUUAAUGUGGCGAAACUUGAUAAAGAUGGUACUUGGAGUGAUAAUUUAAAACUAUGCUUUGUAGUUACUGGGAAUGUAAUACCUCACCAACCAGACAUCUCACUGAAGCUGGUGGAAGGAGACGGUACACUAGAUUCUGAAGAUAGAUCAAAAUGCUGGAGUAACUCAGGGGGACAGGCAGCAUCUCCGGAGAUAUAUAUCUUCUUCUUGUGUAUGGCAUGCAUAGCCUAAAGUUGUAAGCCAACUUGUUCUAUUUGAUCUUGUUUGUGCACAUUGGUAUAUAUAUAUAUAUAUAUAUAUAGUACUCUGGAUAACCUAACAUAAAUUACAAAAACAUAGACAAUAACAUUGCAAAGUCAAAAGUAAUGCCAUGCCCGCAAGUGAAUAUAGUUUGGAGCCUAUUUGGAGGUGAUGUUGUAUUGGGAUGAACAUUGCAAGUGGUAGAUGAUGAGCUGCUGAUAUAACGAGUGGUUUUUUAGAGUUGCGAUCAACUGUUGAAGAUUUCAUCACAGCCUCAACUUCUGCUUUAUCGAUGGUGGGAAGGAG